AUGUAUAUUUUUUUUCAAAUUAUUACGUAUUCAAUGAGAAAAAAAAGAAAACAAGAUUUAGAUGAAAGUGACACUUCUUCGUGUAACGAUAAUGAUGACAGUCUUCAAACCAAUGUUGAAGAAAUUUUUAAAGAAAUAUCUAAUGGUGACAAAGAAAUAGAAAAAAAAUUAAAAGUAUUGCAUUUUGAAAUUCAAAUUUUACGUGAUCGUUUCGUAAAAGUGCCUACCGAUAUAAGUAAAAAAAAUUGGAUAGAACUUUUAAAUAUUCCUUCAUAUUCUCGUAGAUUUAGAUAUUUAGCCUAUUUAUUUAAAAACGAGAAAAAAAAUGAAAACUUAAAACAGAAAAAAGAAAAGCACAGGGAAAUGAGACAGAACGAGUGGGAAAAACUAAAAGAAAAUCAUCACAUACGAUAUGGCCUAGGUGGAAAUUCUCUUUUUAUGAGAAUCUUUGAUCAGACAGUAUCAAAACAUCUCAAUCUAAAAUUGGCUACUGCAGCUUUAUAUUCUCAAAACAUUGUUUUCGAUUGUUCCUAUGAUCAUUUAAUGUCAGAUUUUAAUUCUAAAUAUUGUGCAAAGCAAAUCAAUAUGGCAUUUUCUCUCAAUAGAAAUCACAUAGCACCUUUUCACAUAAAGUUUUGCAAUGCAAAUCCUGAUGAUCGAACAGUUAAUUUAAUUAAUAAAUCACUUUGUACUGAUUUAAAUAAGACACCUCUAGACAUUACAGAAAAAAGUUACCUUGAUAUAUAUCCAAAGGAAAAAUUAGUAUAUCUCUCUCCUCAUAGUAAAACUGUAUUAAAAAAUUACAAUCAUGAUGAUAUUUACAUAAUAGGUGCCUAUGUUGACAAAGGAUCUUCUAUACAAGCCUCACUGGCCAAGGCCAAGGAAGAUAAUAUUAGAAUGGCAAAAUUUCCAUUAGAUUAUUAUUUGGAUUGGCAAAAAGGAAUGAAAUCUCUUCCUUUAAAUACUGUUUUAAAUAUUAUGUUAGACAUGAGAUUAUAUCAAAAUUGGAGUAUAGCCUUUAAAAACAUUCCUUCAAGGAAUACAAUACCUCCAAAUAGUAGAAACAAAAUAGAAUACACAGUAUUAUGCAUUCACAUGUAA